AUGGACGAAGGAGUUAUAUUCCUGCUAUUGCUGCUUCCAGCAACAGUAUGGGGAGGAGUUCUUCGGGACGUCAUGGAUGACCAGGAAAUCCCAUGUCGUUCGUAUACAGUAAAUGAUUUGGUGUAUUUGGACUGCUCCGAACAAGGCAUCAGUGAACUACCAGAGGGAUUAAAUUAUGAGGUAGACGCACUCUUGUUAUCCAAUAACAACUUUAUUUCAUUUCCGAAAGGUUUAGAGAAUUUUUUAAAACUCAAAAUAUUGGAUUUCUCAGGAAAUCGUUUGUCAAGGCCUCUGCCGCUCUACUUCGAAAAUUUUGAAGCCCUUAGCACAUUAAACUUAUCGAAUAAUAACUACGAUUCUUGGGUGGAAAGUGAAAUGACAUUGAAUUUUAAAAGAUUAGAUCUUUCCAAGAACAAAAUAAACAAAAUAGAUGAAAACGCCUUUUCGAAGAUGUCGAGGCUGUCUUUCUUAGACUUAUCUGAAAACAGAUUGUACGAAAUAUCAAAAACGAUAUUUUCCUACGCAAACAAUUUAGAUACUUUAAUAUUAACAAGAAAUUAUUUCUCAAGAGUGCCGAGGUUUCAGUCGCAUUCGUUAAGAAAUUUAUACUUAAGUAAUUGUCAAAUAGCAUCUAUAAGCGAGACAUCUCUCGCUGAUAUGAGCUCUCUAGUCCUAAUCGAUUUAUCCAUAAAUCAAAUCGAAUAUAUUCCUGAUAAUUUCGCAUCGAACACAUUGCAAGAGCUGGAUUUGAGUUACAACGAGAUUUACAUGCUGACGGACCGUACUUUCUCGUCAUUACCGCACCUAGCGGUUUUGGAUCUGAGAGGGAAUGAGUUCAGAGAUGUAUGGUCAACCUCUCACUUUGCCUCGAACCCAUUUUUGAGGGAAGUACGCGUGAAGGGAAACCGUUGGAGCUGCGAGGGAUUCAGCGUGAAUUUGCUUCUAACUUACGAGUUCUUAACAAAGGAUCCCCCAAAAAUUGCAGAUACAGCAUCGCUUAUUUGCUACACGCCUUCAAAUGUGACGCAGCUGAGCUGGCAGCAAGCAUAUAUUAGAACAUGGCAUGAUGUGGACAGUACGAAGUCAAUGUACACUACCAUGGCUGUUAUGAUUGGAUUAAUUAUAGGAAUAGUAUUGACUUCGCUCGUAUGUCGAGGAAUAAUGUACUUGAAUAAGUCUGAGCCGCCCCAGUCAAACCCAGAGACGACCAUUCUUAACGGACCAGUAACCCAAGUCGAGGCGGUACAGACAAGAAUACCUCUGAUUGAUGACUUGCCUCCCACUUACUACGAGGCUUUAUUAUUGCCUCGUUUAAAUGCAUCAUUCCAUUCGUUACCAGACUUUAUAGAUGAAGAAGAAAAUACACGGAGAAAUCGUCGUUCAAGAUCAAUAGGUGAUUUGACAGAACCUAGACGAUUAGGCGAUAGGCGAUCAGUACGACGAACACUUCGGUUAGCUUCAGAAGAAUGA